AUGCCCGACAGUCUACAGCACUACACAGAAGCGGAACUCAAAGAGAUUGAGAAGAGACUGGAACGAAAGGCCGAUUUCACCAUCAUGCCAAUCGUCGGCAUCCUCUAUAUCCUCAACUAUAUCGAUCGUCAAAAUCUGGCCGCCGCUAAGUUGCAAGGCAUCAUGGAAGAUCUCAACAUGAGCACAACCGAGUUUGCUACAGCAGUUUCGAUCCUGUUUCAUUACACCACCUACGAAUCUCUUCUCGCUGUCCGAGUCAUCCUUGGAGCAGUCGAAGCUGUCUUUUUCCCUGGUGUAAUCUACCUGCUUUCCAGUUGGUACACAAAGCGAGAACUCGGAAAGAGAUUUGCUGGUCUGUACAUCGCUCAGCAAGUCGGAAAUGCCUUCGGUGGCCUGAUCGCUGCUGGUAUUUUGAAGCUAGACGGUGUUCAUGGCAUCCGUGGAUGGCGCUGGCUUUUCAUCAUUGAGGGCGCUGCCACCGUUGGUGUGGGCCUCUUCUGCGUCUUCUUCCUGCCUGAAUAUCCCUACAACGCACGCAUGCUCAAGCCAGUAGAAAGAGACUUGGCUGUUUGGAGACUCGAGCGAGAAGCGGGUGCCAGUGAGGCUAACGAAGACAUCGGCACUCUGAAAGGCUUCCUUCUCGGUCUCCAGGACCCAAAGCUUUACGUGAUCAUCUUUAUGAACAUGAUGUCUCAGGUCCAAGGCUCGAUUGCGAACUUCUUCCCUUCGAUUGUCAACACUCUCGGCUACGGUCACUACGAGACUCUCCUGCUCACCGCACCUCCUUAUGUCCUCGCCGGCAUCGUCUACUUCAUCAUAACCUGGUACUCCGACCGCACAAACAACAUGUACCGUGUCAUCCUCACCUGCAUCUGCAUCGCCUGCGCCACCUACAUAAUCGCCAUCAGCACUUUAAACACCGCCGCCCGCUACACAGCAAUGAUGCUCAUGCCCUUUUCCUCCGUCGGACCCCAACUCAUGCUCUACAAGAUCAUAAACCAACAUUUGCCCCGUCCCAUCGCCAAAAGAGCUGGCGCUGUCGCUAUGACGAAUGCCAUCGGUGGUAUCUCCAAUAUUUGGAUGAGUUAUUUGUUUAUCGGGGCGCCGCACUAUUAUCCGGCGUUUAGGGCGCUCUUUGCCGCCGCGAUGGUGUUUUUAGUGACGAUUACUAGGUAUAGGUUUUAUGUAUUAAGGGAAAAUAAGAAGUUAGAUAAGGGUGGGGAGGUAGCGCAAAGGGCUAUAAGGCAUGGUAUUACGCAGCAGCAACUCCAGAUAGGAUAG